AUGAGAUUGCAGGAUUUGAAGUUCCUCAAGAAAGAACCACCUCCCAAUAAGGAAAACACACGACUUCUCAUUAAUCGUGUGCAAAGUUUCCUACAAGCAGCUGAGUCCAGUGAAGCACCCAAGGAUUUCGAAAAUCCGGAUGAUACUCAGCAAUAUAUUGAAUUAGAUCUCUUCAUUCCCAAAGGAUUCGACGAGAGCAAUUUUGGCUUAGUAUUGCCCGUCGACACUGCCUCGGGAAGUAGUGGGAGUAGUAGUAGUAGCACCACAUCGUCUUCUGACGCCUCGGACAUCGAGGAAACGUCCACUAACGAAAGGCUGCCCGACCCAGAAAAACUGCGGCCCUCCAAACGUCCGAAAAUUGAGGAGCUUGAUUGCGUCUCUAAUGCGGAUGAUAAGAGGGGCACCACUUUGUGA